UCUGCUUCCUCUUCCGGGCCUUUUCUUCCGCCGUCAUUGUUUCCUUCGAGCCAUUAUGGCUGAAGCACAAGAUCUGCGCGCCGGAGAACGGUGCCUUGUAGAUGUGACACGCCUCUGAGCCUGGCCGGAAGUUGCCCCCAGCCGGUACCCGUAGGGACAGGCGAGCCGCGGGUGGUGGCUGUGGCGCAGGCGGCGGCGCUGCGUGGCUCAGGAGGACCGGCGCGGACCUGCAGCGGCUCGCUGAGGCCGUGGGUCGCCGCUGCAGCUGCCAAGACUCUUGGGGCGAACUUGCGAGACAGAGAGGAGCGGAAGGGAAGGGUUCUGCGUGAUUCUGGAAUUGGAUGCCUUUUUAGACAUAAUUAGGUGACAGCUGGGGCUUGUCAGCACCUCCAAGAAUGUCAAUCUAGAAAUAAACAAUAAAACGAACUAAGCCUAAAGCUCAGGGUCUACACAGCUGACUUCAUACUCCUUUGCAGAUGCACGGGCAUGGAGGCUACGAUUCUGAUUUUAGUGAUGAGGAGCAAGGUGGAGAAUCCAGCAGAAAGAAGAAGACAGUCGAAGAUGAGUUGCUGCUUGCAAAACCAUUUCAAAAAGAAAAACAUGGAAAGGUGGCCCAUAAGCAAGUGGCCGCAGACCUGCUGGACAGGGAAGAAGCAAGAAAUAGAAGGUUUCAUCUCAUAGCUAUGGAUGCCUAUCAAAGGCACACAAAGUUUGUAAAUGACUAUAUUUUGUACUAUGGUGGCAAAAGAGAGGAUUUUAAACGGUUGGGGGAGAAUGACAAGACAGAUCUGGAUGUUAUACGAGAAAAUCACAGAUUCCUAUGGAAUGAGGAGGAUGAAGCAGAUAUGACUUGGGAGAAGAGACUUGCAAAGAAAUACUAUGAUAAAUUAUUCAAGGAAUACUGCAUAGCUGAUCUCAGUAGAUACAAAGAAAAUAAGUUUGGAUUUAGGUGGCGAAUAGAAAAAGAAGUAAUUUCGGGAAAAGGUCAGUUUUUUUGUGGAAAUAAGUGCUGUGAUGAAAAAGAAGGCUUGAAGAGCUGGGAAGUUAACUUUGGUUAUAUUGAGCAUGGUGAAAAGAGAAAUGCACUUGUUAAAUUAAGAUUAUGCCAAGAAUGUUCCUUUAAAUUAAAUUUUCAUCACAGGAGAAAAGAAAUCAAGUCAAAAAAAAGAAAGGCUAAAAGCAAGACCGAGUGUGAUGAGUCACCUUAUAAGAAAUCCAGAUCAUCUUCAGAGGAGGAGGCCUCCAAGGGGAAGAAUGAAGGACAGUCAUCCUCAAAAAAUUCAGAAGAAUCUAGCAACAGAAACACUGAUGAGGAAGAUAGUGCUUCAGAAUCUGAGCUCUGGAAAGGACCGCUGCCAGAGACAGACGAAAAGUCACAGGAAGAAGAAUUUGAUGAUUAUUUUCAGGACUUGUUUCUGUGAGCCGGGAGAGAGAGCCACAUUCCUUGGUGAGGAAAGACACUCUGACACUCUCUUCUGUGCCAUUGAGUCUGGGCAGCCGAUAGGACAGAUACUUCAGAGAUACGGGGGCUGUCUCUGACACUUUCUUCUUCACUUGUGUAUCUUCUCAGUUGGUUAUCUAAAAACCUGUUUUGCCCCCAGCUUUCCAGUAUAUGAUAAACUUUUGAAGUGUCAUUUGAACAUGGAGUGCUUGGCAUUAAGCUGUAAAUAAAUUAUUUAGUGUUUUAUUUUAAAA